GCAUCAUCACCUCUUUAAUUUAUUUCUUGAGAAACAAUUUGUCAUAAGUUUAUAACAACCUCCUCCUGUCCUCCUCAUACUCCUUCUAUCUCUUCCUCUCUUCCACUCAGAUCCAGUUGCUCAAUUUAUGUGCCAACUCGGCUCAUGCACCGACUGACUUCCGUCCUAUUCAAUCAUUUUAGCUGAGGCUCUCUUCAGAACAUCCCCAUCUGAUCGAGCACUCACUGCUACAACAAUGGGGGAAAAGAAGGUGACUACAAUGAUUCUGAAGGUUGACCUUCAGUGUGAGGAAUGCUACAGGAAGGUCAAGCAAGUUCUCUGUAAAUUCCCACAAAUACGAGACCAGAGGUACGACGAGAAGAAGAACCUGGUGAUCAUCAAAGUGGUCUGCUGCAGUCCUGAAAAGAUCAGGGACAAGCUAUGCCGCAAAGGAGGUGGCGUCAUUAAGUGGAUCGAGAUCGAAGAGCCUCCGCCUCCGCCUCCGAUCGAAAAGCCUCCUCCUCCGCCUCCGAUCGAAAAGCCUCCUCCCCCGCCUCCGAUCGAAAAGCCUCCUCCUCCGCCUCCGAUCGAAAAGCCACCUCCUCCUCCUCCGAUUGAAAAGCCUCCUCCUCCGCCUCCGAUCGAAAAGCCUCCUCCUCCGCCUCCGUCUCCUUGCCGUUGCCGUUGCCGUUGCGGUUGCGGUUGCCGCCCUGUGAAACCGUGUUGUUGGGAUUGUUACGAAGGGCUUCCUGGUGGUCCCUGCGAAACGUUCCCUCGGCGGCCGGUGAAACCGUGUUGCUCGGAUUGUCGCGAAGGGCGUCCUGGUGGUCCCUGCGAAACUUACCCUCGGCGGCCGGUGAAAACGUGUUGUACGGAUUGUUACGAAGGUCGUCCCGGCGGUCCCUGCGAAACUUACCGUCCGCGGCCGGUGGACACGUGUUGUACGGAUUGUGAGGAAGGUCGUCCUGGCGGUCCCUGCGAAACUGGGUAUGGUUACGGAGGGCUUGUCCCUUACAUACAGUAUGAUGGCCACUAUGGAAGGCCGGUGUAUGAUAGUUACGGCGGUGGGAGGAGCAGUACCACUAGUUACUGCGUGACCCGCCCCGAUUGUUUCAGUGAAGAAAAUCCCCAAGCGUGCGCCAUCAUGUAAAACCAUACGUACCUACCUACUGUGCCUUUUGCUGCCUUCGUAGGGAAGUUUCCAUCAGCUCGGUGGUCCUUCACUUUCACAGUUUUAAAGUUGUACGACGUUGGUGUUCUUGUUUUUUUCUUCGAUGUUUGACGUUGGUGUUGUCUUAUAGAAUAAUAGAACGAAAGUAAAGAAUAAAGUAUGGUCGGUGUCUUGUUGAUGGUGGUGGACAAGUCGCGAUCAGAUUAUGGAGCGAUUCAUUAUAGAGCUCCAAGAUGUUGUUACAACUUUUAUUUGAUUAAUGAAAUAAUAGUUUCUAAUAA